AUGCGUGUAGAGACCCGGCGGCUGCCCUGGGCCACCGGCUAUGCAGAGGUUAUCAAUGCCGGGAAGAGCACGCACAAUGAGGACCAGGCCAGCUGUGAGGUGCUCACUGUGAAGAAGAAAGUUGGGACCGUGACUUCCACCCCAAACAGAAACUCCAAGAGAAGGUCGUCCCUUCCCAACGGGGAAGGAUUGCAGUUAAAGGAGAACUCCGAGUCCGAGGGCAUCUCCUGCCACUACUGGUCUCUGUUUGAUGGUCACGCCGGCUCGGGGGCCGCUGUGGUGGCAUCGCGCCUGCUGCAGCACCACAUCACACAGCAGCUCCAGGAAAUCGUGGAGAUCCUGAAGAACUCCGCCAUCCUUCCCCCAACCUGCCUAGGGGAGGAGCCCGAGAGCACGCCGGUCCACGGCAGGACCCUAACCCGCGCAGCCUCACUGCGUGGAGGCGUGGGGGCCCCCGGCUCCCCUAGCACACCGCCCACACGCUUCUUCACUGAAAAGAAGAUCCCCCAUGAGUGUUUGGUCAUUGGGGCCCUGGAGAGCGCCUUCAAGGAAAUGGACCUCCAAAUAGAACGAGAGAGGAGUGCAUAUAACAUAUCUGGCGGCUGCACCGCCCUCAUUGUGCUGUGUCUUCUGGGGAAGCUGUAUGUGGCCAAUGCUGGGGACAGCAGGGCCAUAAUCAUCAGAAAUGGAGAAGUCAUCCCCAUGUCUUCGGAAUUCACCCCUGAGACCGAGCGGCAGCGACUUCAGUACCUGGCAUUCAUGCAGCCUCACUUGCUGGGAAAUGAGUUCACACAUUUGGAGUUCCCCAGGAGAGUGCAGAGGAAGGAGCUCGGGAAGAAGAUGCUGUACAGGGACUUUAAUAUGACAGGCUGGGCAUACAAAACCAUUGAGGAUGACGACUUGAAGUUUCCUCUUAUAUAUGGAGAAGGCAAGAAGGCCCGGGUAAUGGCAACUAUUGGAGUGACCAGGGGACUUGGGGACCAUGACCUGAAGGUUCAUGACUCCAACAUCUACAUAAAACCGUUCCUGUCUUCAGCUCCAGAGGUUAGAGUCUACGAUCUCUCCAGAUAUGAGCACGGAGCAGACGACGUGUUGAUCUUGGCUACGGACGGACUCUGGGAUGUCUUAUCCAAUGAAGAAGUAGCGGAAGCAGUCACUCAGUUUCUUCCCAACUGUGACCCGGAUGACCCUCACAGGUACACACUGGCAGCUCAGGACCUGGUGAUGCGUGCCCGAGGCAUCCUGAAGGACAGAGGAUGGCGGAUAUCAAAUGACCGACUGGGCUCAGGAGACGACAUUUCUGUAUACGUCAUUCCUUUAAUACAUGGAAACAAACUGUCAUGAAAGGGACCCAGGGGACUGGGAGGGCAGACAGAAAGAAAACUGGGAUGCCUCUAAGCAGGGCGGAACUGGGGAGUGCCUGGGCUGGAUUCCAGGUGAUGCAAUUUCUUCCCAGCCCAGAUGGGGAAUUUGCUGCCAGAAGGCCUGUGGCUUUGCUUUCAAGGUGACCCUUAGGUUUCCAUUCUUCUUUAGUACCAGGUCUGGACACUGAACAAGAGCAAAAUACACAGUCUGCUACUGGGUGUUUCUGUCUCUCUUAGUUUCCAUUGUAGGGCUCCUGGGUGGCUAUUGCCUAUUUGGGGCACAGGCAUAAAUUUAUUUAUUUUAUCUACAAUAGCAGGGACAGCCAUUUCAGGUGUAACUGGCAGAUGACUCCUCAGCCUGUCAAGCUGCCGGCCUCCCUCCAGGUGAAGAGCCACAUUGAAAAGUUGGGGACCAUGCCUCAGAAAGUGUGAGCACCCAUCUUACACGCUCCAGCUACUUCAGGGAUUCUGCCUGCCUUGUUCUGUCUCGUCCCUUCUCCUCCUCUCCUGACUCCCUCCGUUUCUCUAGAUUCUCCGUGCUACUGAUGGGGUGAAGCAAAGGUUUUGGUUUUUGUUUCUUUUUGACGUUCCUUGAAUCUUCCUCGUUUCUCUCCACUGGGACUUUCCAAUUCAUUGCUGGGCAGGUUCCAUAUCAGCCCAGUCUGAUCUGACUUGUUCCAUGUUCUGUGUCCCAUACACACGUGUAGUUGCCCAGAGCAAUGCCACAUGUGAAAGAUUGUCUUCGUAUUAUAACAUUUGCCCUCGAGUUCUGUUUUCUCACCAAAUCAGUCUUUGCUUUAAAAUGUGGGUGAUUUACUAGACCCACAGACCCUGCUCUUUGAAGGUCCCUCUGUGCUUCUUGAGAUUCUGCUGUGAGGGAAAGGUUGGUUUUUCACUUCUGGACUGGGUGGGUACUCUCCCCGCUUCUGUGUCCUGGAGACACAUAAGAAGCAGCAUCCAGUACAGCAGCUUGGGAGGGAAGAGUGUGGGACUCAGGCUUCCUAGGUCUCUGACUGCUCUCCAGCUCCCUCCACAGGAAGUGUGGGCAUCACAGUUCCGCCAAGCAGUCACACCUGUCACCUUCGCUUAAGGGUACAUGGGAUGGCAGUUGAAUAAAAGCGGAUUUGAAUUGGG